GAAGCUAUUGUUGAUUACAUACAGUGAAAGUGUUUAACAAUCGUGAACUGUGUUCAAAAUUGCGAACCUCUUAAAACGAUUGUUCAAUCGGUUAAUUAGAAUGGAACACUUAGGAUUUAUGAAAACCAUACAUAUAUAUUCAAAAUCCUCGUUAACGGCACUGGAGAAUAAUACUUUUUCAAUUACAGUAAAUAGAUAUUACGUAAUUCAAUGGAAAGAAAACUUGUUAAAUGGAAAAGUCUGAUAAAACAUAAUUCUUUGCAGUUGAAUGAUUACUUAUAUAAAAGGAAGAAAUAGAAGAUAAAAAAAGGAAGUAAGAAUAAAAAGAAAUUGAACGAAAUGAAACUCGUGUCGAAGAUGACCGAAAGCUUCCGAAGUGUGUUAAAGCGCGGAAGUUACACUCUAUCAACCCUCCAGCAGAUGGCACUUGAUCAACCCGUUCCCAGGUAAACGUAGUUGGUGCGCAUGCGCGUCGACCUAUCGCUUUAGUAGAGCGGUGGUGAAGUCAGUAGUAGUGCGGCGACCGUAGCGUGGGGAAAGUGGCUUCAUCUCAGUCGAGACGACAGACCGAUUUGUUAAGAAUAUUCGAAAAUGGGCUCAACAUAAUCAACCAAGUAAAAGUAAAGGAGGAAAUUACUAAAAGAAGAUGAAUAUUACACUCGUUAUUUGACCAGUACCAUUAUUUACCAGCAAUACAACAUUUCAGUACAAACAUUAUUUAACAAAAAGAAAAUGAAAUAAAAAGAAAGUACAAUAAAAAGAAGAAAAAAUAAACGCGAGGACAAUCGUCACUAAAGUUACCUAAUUAACUAAUUAAUCAAGAUUUCUAUUGACGACUGAAAAGAAUAUACAUUCAUCGAAAUCGCUGUUAAUCUUAAGAAAUAUUUCGUCUUUAAAGUAUUGUGAAAAGAAAAAAGAAAAAAGAAAAAAGAAAAAGAGAAUAUUUUAAUUGUAUUAACUGAAAGAAAGAAUAACGGAUAACAAUCAAUUAGUGGUUAUACAUAUAUAACAUACACGUUUGAGAAAGUAUAUGUAAUAUGUAGAUGUUAAAUAAAUGAAUAGUUGUGUAAUUAUAUAAAAUGUUUAGUGUCGUCCAUUGGGUCCACAUUUAAAGAGAUUAAAAUCUCUGUUUUUAUUGUUAUCAUUGAGAAUAAGAGAGGAAUAUAUUUCAAAGGAAGAAAAGUGGAAAACAGAAGAAAAAUCGAUUCUAAACAAAGUUUUUUAAAGAAUGAAUUUUAAUUGAAUAUAAAUAAUAGAAUACUCUGUUCAGAAGGAAGAAUGUUGGUUUGAAUUGAAAAACUAACGAUAAGAAACAUCGAAAAUGAAUCUAGAAGUGGAAUUGAUCGCAGGGGUGAUUAAGGGUGGACCACCUCCGAAAAAUUUACCUGCUCCAAGGCUUAUUAAAAUCUUCAUCGCUGGAGAACGGAACGAAAACGAAAAAUCCAAUUUUCUCUAAAAAUGUACCAAUAAACUUUCCUUCCGGUGUCGUAAAGUUUUUAUACAUAUUUCUCGACCAAUAUAGAAACGAAGAAAUUGGAAAAUUUUUCACUGGAAAAUAAAACGUUAUGAAUUAUAAGUAGAGAAUUCUAGAAUUAUAAGUAGAUUGUACGUUCGCUCGUUCGUUCUUCAUAAUUUAUCGAGGAACGGAAGCAACUUUUAGAACUAGUCGGACCGGAAUUACAGUCAAUUUAUGAUGACAUGGGAAUCGAGGUUCUAUUGGUGGAUAUGCACUAUGCAACGAAUGUGAAUCCUGAUAGAAAUCCAUUCUUAGCCGAACAUUUUUUCGAUGAAAUAAACGCUGCUUAUCGACAUUCAAGAGGCUGUUUUCUCUUGCUGUUAAUAGGGGACGAGUACAGUACUGGAUGGCUGCCAACGAGACUGACAGAGGAAACUUACGGAAUUCUUUCCACUCGUUACUCAGCGAUGGAAGAAUAUUACGAACAGGAUUGUAAUUGCUACGUCUUAAAGGCUGGCAGGUACGAUACCGUAAAGGACAGUUGGCAAAAUUCGGAACCGACUAUAAGAGAAACGCUGAAGAAAGCUAUAGAAUCCGUCGUUUCUGAAAAAUCUGACAACGAAGAAAUUAGAAAUAUAUUAAAGAGUACCACGGAGAGACAGCUCGAGUAUGCUUUGAAAUUAGACGAGACAGGGGAAGGCAUUAUAGCGGUGACGCGUAGCUGGAAAGGAAAGAAAAGUUCAAAAGCUGUAUCGUCGUUAAAAUCUCUGGUAACUAAUAAUCUACCAGCUGACAAUAUAAUUAACGUAGAAGUAGAACAAAAGACAGGCGGUAUUAAUCCUGAGAAUAGAAGCCACAAAGGAUAUCUGGCACAUCUUUGUCGUUUGGUGGUGAAUCGUGUACAAACGUUAGUUAACGCUUCGAUCGAAGCCGAUCCAGAGAUGAAAAGCAAGAAAAAAAUGGUGCAAGAGAUUUAUGCUGAGAGUCUGAUGCAUCUCGCGCUUCUUAGAGAUGUGAAAGGUUGCGAGGACAAUGAGAAUAUAGAGCGAAUAAAGCAGCUGUUGAUCGAUGGUAAAUCGCAGAAACACGGGCCGAUAAUGAUUAAAGGUGGCAAGUACUCGGGGAAGUCUUCUUUGCUCUCAAGAAUCUACGCGGACGCUUCAUCUUGGUUAGAUUCUGCCACUUUCAAAGUGGUUCGCCUUUGCGCUUCCACUCCUCGAUCAGCGUAUAGCUUGGAAUUGCUUCGAGUCCUUUGUCAACACGUCGGCUUUCUAUCUGGCGUGUUAGAUGGAAACCUUCCGAAAGACGCCUCGUUCGAUCCUCUUUACUUGAACAAUUGGCUCGGUCAAAUUAUCAGACGUAUCGAAGAGGAACCGCUGAAGGAGCAACUGUUGAUACUUCUCGAUGAUCUUCAUCGAUUGCAUCCACUCGAGUGUGAUAUCGUUGCUGCUCUUUCAUGGUUACCUACACAUUUACCUCCUGGAGUACAUUUGCUAGUGACCACAGCAGUUCCCCCCGAAAUGCUGCGGUUCACCCCUGUACAAAAAGAAAGAUUGCGAAGCAACGAGAUUUUAAUCGAACUCCAAGAUUCAACUUCUCAAGAUUCUCAAGAAACUACUGAUAACGUUUUUGACACGUUAGAAAGAUUGAUAGGAGAAUGUGCGGCUAACAGAAUCGGUGCAAUCUUGGCAUGCACAGAGUACGGUUUAUCCGAAACUGAACUUCUCGAAAUGAUCAUGCCCACCGGUGGUGACGGACCCUUGUUUCUCCAACAAGGAAUGUUCAACUUUUCAACCUGGUAUUUGGUUAGAAGAACGUUUAACGAAUAUCUAAAGGUACGAGUAUUAAGUGGAAGACUGUUGUUCUCCUGGCAAUAUCCGAUUCGCGAUCUAGCUAGAAAAAGAUACUUCUCCAAUCAAGAAACCCUAAAGAGUUAUCACGGUGAGUUGGCGAAUCAUUUCUUUACCGAAGAUUUCGAAGACAAGGAUGAGAAAUCAUCCCCUGAAGAAGAAACCCCUAAGAAGGAGACACCUUUCCAAAGCCGGCCAAGAUCUCAAGACACGGCUUACAAUAUUAGACACGUCGAAGAAGCUUGGUUACAUUUAUUAAGAGCCGGAGAUGUCGAAAAGUUGAAGAAAUUAGCUGUCUGCGCAUUUGAUUUUCUUCUUGCCGCUGUACAGACGAUUUCUGUUAGUUAUUUAAGAUGCGUUUUGGAACAUUCGAGAAGGUACCUGCUAGAAAGAGAUUUAGAAUUGGUUUAUUACACCGUAAGAAAGUCGAGCGAUAUUUUGACGAGGGAUCCUCUUCAACUUGGAGCGCAGCUGAUCUGUUGGCUGAGACCUGUGGCCGAAGAUGGUGGUGACUUGGUCAGCAGAAUGGUCACUGCGGCAAUGGCUUGGUGCGAUGGAUAUACAGCACCAUUGUUGGUACCAUUAAAUGGCUGGCUUCAACCACCUUUACCACUUCAAAUUCGCACAUUAUCUUGUCCACAAGGAGUGAAACUUGUUGAAGCGGCACCAUCUGGACAACACGUUAUAGUUGUUCCUUUUCAAGGUGAUGCUCAACUCUGGCACGUGAUGUCUGGACAAUUGGUUCAUACUUUUAAAGAUAUUUUAGGCCAUUCGAGUCCAAUAUCUUGCUUAGCGGUAACCCAACAAUCCCAGUAUUUGCUAACUGGCUCUGAAGACACUUCGAUCAUAGUCUGGGACAUGAAGGAAUUUACCUUGAAACUGAGAAUCCAGGAACAUAUCGCUCCAGUAUUAUGCUUGACAUCUGCCCUCAAGAAUUCAGUCAUUCUCAGCGGUGGCGAAGACUCUAGGAUCAUCGCCACAAGCUUGCUAACAGGUGACGUUCUGAUCAAGGUGGAUCAUCAUAGAGGACCAGUGAACUCGAUUCUCGUCGAUUCAGCUGGGGAGAUCCUCGUAUCCGGCUCUUCUGACUGUACAGUUUGUUUAUGGUGUCUGGUGAGAUUCACCUUGUUGAAGAGUAUCGUUCUUCCAUCUGCGGUGACGAUGCUGGACGUGUCAGCGGAUUCUGUCUUCCUGUUGGCGGCUUGCGAGGACCAGAAACUAUACCUGAGAUCUUUGGCCACGGGAACAGAGAUUCACACGUUGAGAGGUCAUCAAGGCGAAGUGAAGAGCAUCUGCUUGGCAAGGGACUGUAGAAGAGCGAUCGCGGGUGGAGCGAAGGGCAAAGUUUCUGUUUUUGAUAUGCACAGUGGAAGGUUGACGAGAACCCUGCCAGCGAAUCCUUCGGCAGAUGUCACUGCUGUUAAAGUGACAGAAAAAGAUGACUUCUUGAUAACGGCUUCCGGUGAUCGAGUAACUUAUUGGAGCUUUCGAGGCGAAGAAGCACACGCGAAGGUCCAAAAAUCUACUAAGCAGGAAUCAUUGCAUCCACACACAGCUCCCAUUUCGUGUUUAGAUAUAUCUAGAGACGGAGCAAUGGCGGUCACUGGUGGAGUCGAUUCCCUGGUGAAUCUAUGGCAAUUGAACACACACGAGUUGCUGUCCACCUUCGAAGGUCACAUCGCUAGCAUCACGUGCAUCGCGUUCUCAGCUUCCGGUUUAUUCGUUGCUUCUGGUUCCGAGGACAAAACAGUCCGAGUUUGGGGGUUGACAUUGGGUUUAGUAGUAGCUACUUUUAAACAUCAAGCACCGGUUACCGCAGUUACGGCCAUGUUCGAUGGUCGACGAAUAGUCAGUUCCGAUAGGGCUGGUACGAUUCGCGUUUGGGCAGCAGAUACAGGAACCCUCAUUCAAUCCGUAUGUGGACCUGGUCGUUGUUUCACUGUUUCUUCUGACAUGAGGUACGCUAUAUGUGGAACGGGAGACAAUCAGCUGCGGAUAGUGAGUUUAGGAGCCGGUCCUGAAGAGAAAUAUCAAGUAUCACAUUCUCAAGAUAUUACUUGCCUGGUGGCUAGCCCCGAUUCUAGAUUAUUGAUCACAGGAUCCAGGGACAUGAGUUUAAAAGUUUGGCAAUUAGCUGGUGGUAAAUUAUCGCAGGUUCUCGUGGGGCAUACAGAUCACGUCACCUGUGUUGCGGUAUCCGUUCUUGAUAAGUCUAUCGUGGUGUCCGGCUCGAAGGAUGCCAACCUGAUCGUCUGGGAUAUCAACACUGGCUCGGAUCUUCAUACUUUGAACGGUCAUUUGGGAUACAUCACGUGUGUAAAGUUAUCCGGAGACGGUACUCUUGCAGCUUCGGGAAGCGAAGACAAGAGUCUGAUUAUUUGGGACACGAAGAAAGGCUGUCCCCUCAACAGUAUUAUGUUGCACGUACCAGUGUUGGGUGUUGAACUUGCGACGGAUCUUUCAAGACUUUCUUUGCAUCUGCUGGAACACAAAUGCAUGCCCAUCCUCUGUUUGUACAAUACACCGGCUCAGUACGUUAAAUUACCAGACUACGUGGCUCCUUGGUGCGAUAUCAGGGAUUUGAGACCUCCUGGCCCAAAGAGACCCAACAAGAGGCUCCUAAAGAAGGAGGUAUCGUUGGACAGUGAUACGUGGCGCAGAAAAUAUGGCCAUCUUACAUCAGGAGUAUUAAGAUCAUCGGUGGAUGACGGUCUCCAACGACGGUUUAGCGUAAGCGCGUCAAUGGAUGAGAUCAGCAAAGUCGGAUUAACGAGUAGUCCCUCAGGACUUGGUGCAGAACAGGCAGCUCUUGCUCAGUCGCAACACUUUGAUCAACUAGAAGCACUUUGGAACAAACAGUCGCCACCUGCUAGGCCUCGUUCUCAUGGCAGAACACUUUCCAAGCAAAGCUCUUUACAGGCUACACGAAUAUCCGAUUCGGAGGAGGAGGGCGUACCAGAUUAAAAGAAAAGAAAUGAAAA